UGCGUGGCGAAGAUGGCGGAUGAACCUACACAUCUUUUUUAUUAUGAGAAGCUACAAUAAGAAGAAAUAGGAUGGAACAUUUCAAAGGCAAGAAAGAUAUUCAGGUUCAAGGAACAAACGACCGUGCUACUUUAAGCAAGUUCUCUACCGUGACACGUGGAUACUAUGAGGAUAAGUUUUUACAGUAUUUUGUCUCCAAGACUUCUAGAAGAGCUCCAAUUAUUCAUAGGUCAUAUUAUAUGAGGGCACAGGCAAUACAGUACAUGGUAAAGGGCUUUUUACAGAGCCUGAGGCUGAAAAGUGCACACAAACAGAUUGUUUCUUUGGGGGCUGGAUUUGACACACUUUUCUUCUCACUUUCUAGUGAAGGAUUUCUGAAAGACACAAAAUAUUUUGAGAUUGAUUUCCCAGAGGUUGCUAAACAGAAAGCUAGUUUAAUUCUUCAGCACAAAGAAUUAUUUCAAGGACUUGGAAAAACUUCAGCAGAAAAUAAACAGUGGCUUGGAGGAGGUAUUGACAGUGAAAAAUAUACGCUUCUGGGAUGUAACCUUAAGAAUCGCUCAUUGCUUGAGAAUCAUCUAUUGAAAUGUGGACUGGACACAUCACUUCCUACCCUAUUGUUGUCAGAAGUUGUGCUGACAUACAUGGAUCCACCAGAGAGGUAUUCUCAAGAGCUCUGUUCCACUGCCAUAAUUGGAUGGGCAGCAGAUUUCUUCAAAUCUGCCAUGUUUGUAAUGUUUGAGCAGGUAUCCCCUCAUGAUCCCUUUGGAAUAAAAAUGAUAGACCAUUUUAAAAACUCUAUCGGAGCUCCUUUGUUUGCCACAGAAGCUUUCCCAACCCGACAAAGUCAAAAAAAGCGGUUUAUGGAAGAGGGGUGGCCUUUAGUUCGAUGUCCAACACUGAAUUUCUUUUACUAUGAUACCUUGUCUGAAGAAGAAAAAAGUCGAUUGGAAAAUGUGGAGCCAUUUGACGAGUUUGAGGAAUGGCACCUGAUGUGUUCACACUAUAUAGUCCUCGCUGCUUUCAAGGGAAUCUGUGAGGAUAUUUGUGAGGAGCUGUUUUCGCAGCUGAAUGUAGGGACCUAUGAUCACUCAUCGCCUCUUAAAGAUGUUCAGUGCACAGUUCGAGUUAUGGAAGUUUUACCCUCGCGAGAUAAACUCAAAAGGCAAGGCCACACAGCCACGCCACUUAGUGACGGUACAGUUUUUCUUACUGGAGGAUUUGGUCUGGAAAAUGGAAAACACAUGCGGCUUGAUGGAGUUCAGUUACUGCGGACCGUGGAAGGUAGUUUUCACUGUGGAGACAUCUUACCGGACUCAGAAAGAACACUUGGUGGUCGAAUGUUCCACACUGCAACAAGAUUAAAAGAUGAUAAUAUUCUACUAUAUGGUGGGCGAAAAUCUCCAUCGAAUCCAUGUGAAGAAACAAUUCUAUUAUCACUGCACAACAAGCAUGAAACAAAGCCUUUACUUUGUACAGAAGAUGAUUUUACCUCCCGUGUGGAGUUUUCAGAAACAAGAUAUAAGCAAACUAUUUUCACUUGUCAAGGAGAUAUACCACAACUAAGGUGGCGACACACAGCAACACAUGUCACCCUUCCUGAUGGAAGUGAAAACGUGCUGAUAUUUGGUGGACGUUCUUCCUCGUGCCUUGCUCUUGGAGAGUGCUAUUUACUCAAUACAAAAUCAAAAACAUGGAAAAAGUUCGCCAUAAGAGGAGAUGCCGCUGCCCCGCGUCAUUCUCAUACUGCAUGCGUAUGGGACAAUCAUGUGGUACUGGCUGGAGGCCUGGACGCCGGUCUCCAAGCCUUGAGCAUUGUUCAAAUCAUGGAAAUUGAUGUAAAUUCUGUAAAGCUACGGACACUUUCUGUUGAUCCUCCUUUACCACCGAGAUACUCCCACACAGCUCAUGUUGUUGAUGACAAUCUCGUUCUUAUUGGCGGAGUGACUCCGAUUUCCUCCCAUCCCCCAGGGGUUAUUGUGUUGCAUCUGAAGAAUCUGACCUGGAAAUCUUAUACACUUCCGGCGUGUUUAACACCCUCAAUUCCUCUAAUGCUUCACAACCACUGCAGUGUCUGUUGGGAAGAUUCGCAAGGCAUUAUGGUUCUUGGGGGCGGAGGAAACUGUUUUUCAUUUGGGACUCAUUUUAAUGAUGGACCAGUGUUUCUUGACUUGUCUCCGCUAAGAGAAGCAGUAGCCUUUAAAUGUGCUUAGCAUUUUAUAUUCGUGGCCUUUAUCAGGCUGCUUUGCCGUGAGGAGCCGCAAGUAUAAGCAUCGUUCCCAUAACAGACAGCAAGAUCAACCAGGCUGGAUAUAACAUUUAUGACGGGGGAAUAAGGACUCCUUUAAAAUUACUAGAAAACGGUGUACUAGGUUAGAAUGCCCGUUGAUACUCUACGCUAGUCCGCACUGAUUAUCCGCUGUGAAAAGUAAAUUAAUACAGUGCUGGUAAUAGCCUGGUUUUACCCAGUUUUCUAGUUUCGCUCGGAAUCACAUCAUCAUAGACGGCGUUGAUGGGGAUGAGUUGGGAUGCGAGGGAAAAAGUCUCCCUAACUAGAUAGAUAGAUAGAUACUUUAUUAUAAGCACCUUGCAACCAUAGGCUGAAUUACGGAAUAUUUACAAAUACAGAUGAUAAAAGAAGGAGAAUUAUCUACAUUUUAUAAAUAUAGCUAAAAAUAAAAAUGUUUUUCAAGCGCUCGGUUUU